AUGGAGGAAGAAGUUGCCGCCCUCGUCAUCGACAAUGGCUCCGGAAUGUGCAAGGCUGGCUUUGCCGGCGAUGAUGCUCCUCGAGCGGUCUUCCCCUCCAUUGUGGGCCGUCCUCGUCACCAUGGUAUCAUGAUUGGUAUGGGCCAGAAGGACUCGUAUGUCGGCGACGAGGCACAAUCGAAGCGUGGUAUUCUUACUCUUCGAUAUCCUAUCGAACAUGGUGUGGUCACCAAUUGGGAUGACAUGGAGAAGAUCUGGCAUCACACUUUCUACAACGAGUUACGUGUUGCUCCCGAAGAGCAUCCCGUCCUCCUCACUGAAGCUCCCAUCAACCCCAAGUCCAAUCGCGAGAAGAUGACGCAGAUUGUCUUCGAGACCUUUAACGCUCCCGCUUUCUACGUCUCCAUCCAGGCCGUCCUUUCUCUCUACGCCUCUGGUCGCACCACCGGUAUCGUGCUCGAUUCAGGUGAUGGUGUCACGCACGUUGUUCCCAUCUACGAGGGUUUCGCUCUACCUCACGCCAUUUCGCGUGUUGACAUGGCUGGACGUGACUUGACCGAUUACUUGAUGAAGAUCUUGGCUGAGCGUGGUUACUCUUUCUCCACCACAGCCGAACGGGAAAUUGUGCGCGACAUCAAAGAGAAGCUCUGCUACGUCGCACUCGACUUUGAGCAAGAAAUUCAAACUGCAUCCCAGAGCUCCAGCUUGGAGAAGUCGUACGAGCUUCCUGACGGGCAAGUCAUCACGAUCGGCAAUGAGCGAUUCCGUGCUCCUGAGGCACUCUUCCAGCCCAGCGUCUUGGGUCUUGAGAGUGGUGGCAUCCACGUCACCACCUUUAACUCCAUUAUGAAAUGUGAUGUUGAUGUUCGAAAAGAUCUCUAUGGCAAUAUUGUCAUGUCUGGUGGUACAACCAUGUAUCCUGGUAUCUCGGACCGCAUGCAAAAGGAGAUCACUGCUCUGGCGCCAUCAUCCAUGAAGGUCAAGAUCAUUGCCCCUCCGGAGCGCAAGUACUCUGUGUGGAUCGGUGGCUCCAUCUUGGCUUCGCUCUCCACCUUUCAACAGAUGUGGAUCUCCAAGCAGGAGUAUGAUGAGAGUGGACCAUCUAUUGUGCACCGCAAGUGCUUCUAA